UGCUUUAAUUUGGUUGAAGACUCUGGAGGUCCACUUCAGGAAGGAGAUAUAGAGGACUUUGAUGGACGGACAUGCAUAGUGUGCCCGUGGCAUAAAUAUAAAAUUACAUUAGCUGAAGGUGAGGGUCUCUAUCAGGCAGUGGACCCUUCUGUGAAGCCCCUGAAACCAACCUGGUGCUCUAAAGGCAUUAAGCAAAGAGUCCACACAGUGACAGUGUCUAAUGAAGAUGUGUUCCUCACCUUAAAUGACUCUCCAGGACCCAUUGACUCUGAUUACUAUCAGACUGAGAAAUAUAGAAACACCUUCCUGAAAGAAUGGCAGAAGAAAACAAAGUGACCUCAGGGGAAGAGAUAUGAGAUAAGUGCGUGUCUCAGGCAUCAGCUGAUCAGCAAACAUGUUCUGCUGAAUUUGUUUUUAUCUGUCUGUGCUGGAAAACCUAGUUAAGUUAUAAAGCUGGUCUAGCUGGUUUGUAACCAGUCACCAUUUUCCAAAAAUCAGCCUGACCACCUAGUUUGUUGGUGGUCCAAGAAGGUUUACCAACUAAUGAUCAUUUUAGACCAACUAAAAACCAGCUGGCAUGUCCCAAAAUCAUUUUCGAGUCUGGGGCCUUUUUCACGGUACUUUGUCACAAGUGCUUUUUAAUGGACAAAUAUGCUACUUAUGAACUAUAUUUGAAUCCACCUACAUUUUCAGUGUUUAGACAGACUUUGGUAGAUGUUGGCUUGAAAUAUGUAACUUUUUAUUUGAUCAUAA